AUGGAGAUCUUCUAUUGGCUGGUGUUCGCGGCGCUGCUGGGGCUAUGCGUGGCGCUAGAGGCCACUAAGGGGCAGCGCGACCGCGUGGUCACGUCUCAGGCUUUCGAGGCGUUUAAGAAUAACUACCUCGUUAUAUACUGCUUCAUGAUGGCGGGCGACUGGUUGCAGGGCCCAUACGUAUACGCAUUGUACCAGCACUACGGGUACUCGCACACGGAGAUCGGGCGGCUCUUCGUCGCGGGGUUCGCGUCAUCUAUGGUGUUCGGGACCGUUGUGGGGUCCCUGGCCGACCGCCAUGGGCGGCGCAAUGCGAGCAUAACGUACUGUCUGGCGUACAUCCUGUCGUGCCUCACCAAGCACUCGCCCGAGUACCCCGUGCUCAUGGCGGGCCGAGUGCUGGGCGGCAUCGCCACCUCGCUGCUCUUCUCCGCCUUCGAGAGCUGGCUCAUUGCCGAGCACUGCAAGCGCGGAUUCGAGCAGCAGUGGCUAUCCGUAACCUUUGCCCAGGCAGUAUUCCUGGGUAACGGGCUAGUGGCCAUCCUCUCGGGUCUGCUAGCCAACACGCUCGUGAGCGGCCUGCGCCUGGGCCCUGUGGCGCCCUUUGAUGCCGCGGCCGUGCUGCUGGCGGUGGGCAUGACGGGCAUCAUGAGCACGUGGGGGGAGAACUACGGGGAUACGAACGAGAGCAAGGGGCUGAUUGCUCAGUUCAGAUCCGCUGCUGCUACCAUCCGAGAAGACGAGAAAAUCUUUCUCCUAGGUGCCAUCCAAGCACUGUUCGAGGCCAGCAUGUACACAUUCGUGUUCCUGUGGACGCCCGCCCUAGCGCCCGCCUCGCAGCGCAUCCCCCACGGGUUCAUCUUCGCGUCCUUCAUGCUCGCCUGCAUGAUCGGCACCUCCCUCGCCUCCCGCCUCCUCGCCCGCGCCGCCACCGCCACCACCACCACCACCACUAUCACCACCACCACCUCCUCCUCUUCCUCCUCUGCCGCAUCUGCCUCUUUAGUUCCCUCCUCGUUCGCCUCCUUCUCGCAGCAGCUGGUGCACGUGGAGGGGUACAUGCAGGUGGUGUUCCUCGUCGCUGCUGCUGCGCUAUCUGUACCGGUCUUCAUCCAUCACUUGAUAGAACCAGCGCCACCAGGGACAACAAGCAUCACAGCAGCGGGGCAGGUGCAGCUAGUAUCGUUCUGUGUGUUUGAGGUGUGUGUGGGCGUGUUCUGGCCAUCGCUCAUGGCCAUGCGUGCCCGCUACAUCCCCGAGGAGGCCCGUGCCACCAUCAUGAACUGCUUCCGCAUCCCCCUCAACAUCUUCGUCUGCAUUAUGCUCUCCGAUGUGAGUGCAGGAGCCAUGACACCCAUGUUCGCCAUGUGCUGUGCCUUCCUCACCAUCGCUGCUGUGCUGCAGAGGCGCCUCAUGCUGCUCACCAGCACGCCCGGUGCCGCCAAGACUGGAUAUGCACUCGUUGAUACUGGCAAGGACUCUGAUACAAGUGCAGACCUAUGA